CCUGAGUCCAUGCUCUAAAGCAUUGUAUCAAGUACACAUUCAAGAGGAGCCCAGCCCCAGAGUGAUAAUCAGGCUUACAGCAACAGAAAGUGGAGGAGUCUGUGAGUGCCCAGGGGAGGAAAAGAUGUACUCUUCCUUGAGAAAUCACAGAAGACUUCCUGGAGGAGGGGGCAUUUAGGCUGAGUCUUGAAGGAUGAGUAGGAGUUUACCAGGAAAAGAAUAUAGAGAAAGACAUUCACUCCUUUAAUUAACAUCUCCUGAGGCCUCCCAAGAAGAGCACAGCCCUGAAAGGGUGAUGCUGGGGACACACAGAUGAGUCACAUCUGGGCUUGGCCCUGCAGGGGCUGUCCACCUGAUGAGGAGGAGGGAUGGGAUCGAGGCAGGUAGGAUGGGCGGAUGGGAAGGGCAAUGGAGGAGAAGAGAUUUAAAAAAAAAAAAAAAAACGGGCAAUGUUCUCAGGACUUGGCCAAGAUCUGGUGGUAUUAAGAGAAAAGGAAAGCACUUAAGUUCCAGGUAUGUUGGGCAUGUGGGUCCUUGGUGGGUAGCGAUAUGAAGGGGAUGGGAUAGUUUAUGACAAGAGUGGGUUAAUCCAGUUGGGACCAUAUUUCCUCAACCUUCUAGGAGAGAGCUUUGUUCUUGCGGGAAGGGGCCUGGAUGCUCAGGGUAGGGCAUGCACAUGUAUGUGGCUCCUUGUGGUCGCUGCUUUGCUCAGUCUGUAUCUUCCUUUCUCUCCUUCUCUCACCCCUGAUCCUUCUAUCUCUGUCCUUCUCUCUAAUUCUUUCUCUCUCUUUCCCUGCCUUGCCCCAUCCUGCCUGCCUCCUUCCUACCGAGUCUCUGUUCUUUCUCCCAGCCUCAGCCUGCUUUCUGGAAGGGCGCCCUCCUGCCCAGGACACUGGUCACAGCUCACCACAAGUUUCAUUCAAGAUAAAUUUGCUUCCACCUCAGGACCCAGCCUUAGGAAUCAUCUUCCUAUCCCUCUUCCUCCUCCAGAUCACAGGAUAUCCUGUAUCCAGGUCCCACAUCCCCAGAUCAUGGGAAUGAGGGUUCCCCUCUCUGGAGAUCCCAGGGCCCCUCCCUCAUUCCACCAAGCCCUGCGGGGGGGGGGGGGGUCUCCCGCAUCACCUCCAUUCCCAAGGCCCCCAGUCAAGGCUCCAGGGCUUCCCCCUCCUCCUGGGACAUUUCUCAACCCAGAUUAAUCACAAGGGCGGCCCCAGAGAGGAGGAAGGAGAUGGCAUGGCUUACCUUAAAGAAGCACCCAGCGCCCCAAAGCAUGCUCAAGACCCAGGCACCCCGAGGUCAUGAGGCUGGGACUCGUCUGUGCUCUGCUUUCUCUCCUGACAGGGCACGGCGGGGCAGAUACCCGAGCAAUCGGGGCUGAGGAAUGCCGCCCCAACUCACAGCCCUGGCAGGCCGGGCUCUUCUUCCUCACCCGCCUCUUCUGUGGGGCUUCCCUCAUCAGUGACCGCUGGCUGCUCACAGCUGCCCACUGCCGCAAGCGGUAUCUGUGGGUCCGCCUUGGGGAGCACCACCUCUGGAGAUGGGAGGGUCCAGAGCAACUGUUCCGGGUCACGGACUUCUUCCCCCACCCUGGGUUCAACAAGGACCUCAGAGCCCAUGACCAUAAUGAUGACAUCAUGCUGAUCCGUCUGCCCAGGAAGGCACAUCUGGGCCCUGCUGUGCAGCCCCUCAACCUCAGCCAGACCUGCGUCUCCCCAGGCACCCAGUGCCUCAUCUCAGGCUGGGGAGCCGUGUCCAGUCCUAAGGUGCAGUACCCACUCACGCUACAGUGUGCUAACAUCAGCAUCCUGGAGCACAAACUCUGCCAUCGGGCAUAUCCGGGCCACAUCUCUGACAGUAUGCUCUGUGCCGGCCUUUGGGAGGGGGGCCGGGGUUCCUGCCAGGGUGACUCUGGAGGCCCUUUGGUUUGCGAAGGGUCCCUGGCAGGUGUGGUGUCUGGGGGUGCCGAGCCCUGCUCCAGACCCCGUCGCCCCGCCGUGUACACCAGCGUAUGCCACUACGUGGACUGGAUCCGAAAGACCAUGGAGGACAACUGAGCUCUCGCGCCUCAGGACCAAGAGAGAAGGGUGGGCGCAGGGGAGCCGGGAAUUGCCAGACUCUGGCCUCGGCAGCGCGGAGACGCACUUUGCAUAUUCAGGCUCCGCCCCCUGUUGGCCGACCGCGUCGAAAAGGACAGGGAGACACCUCCGCCCUGUAGCCCCGCCUUCUAUGAUGUCACCGAGAGCUGGCACCGCCCCCAUGGAACAGCUUCGCCUAGGGCUCCGUUCGGGAAGCUCCUCCACCAGAUAGCUCCUCCCCUCGGAGCUUUGCCCAAUGAGGCUUCCCCCUCUGGACCCCACCCCCUUGUAACCCCGCCUCCUCCGUGAGAGAUCCCACCCCCGUGACGUCAGGGGCGCGGCAGCUUCCCCCACUAGGGACUGAAGCGCUGUCGGGCUCCGCCCCUCAUGGCCCCGCCCCUGGGCGUUUGAAUCCUGGCGGGGUCCCAGCCUGAGAACCAAUGGAAGAUUUUACAAUAAACGCACGUAGCCGCGCCUUCCGUCCGCCUGCUCCGUGGGAUGAAGGAAGGGCAACGGGUGGGCGGCGGUGGGCAGACAGGGAACGGCCACCGUACAGCAAUUCCCCCUAAGCCCCUAGCAGGUCCUGCCUAAAGU